AUGUCCAUUUUGCAUGCAAACGAGCAAUAAUUAUUAAGAGAACAGAUUUUCAAAAUUAAAGAUAAAUUGUUAUCUUUAUCUCAAGACUUAAGCAAUUAUCAUGCAGAUAUCUAGGAAUCAAAUAGUACAGCUCAUUUUAGAACUUAAGAUGAUGAAUAAUCUCCUUAAUAAAUAUCACAUGAAAAUGAAGAAAAGUGUAUCAUAACAUGAUAAUUAGCAUUUUCAUAAUUGAAUUUUGUAGAUAAAAAUAAAUAGGUAACAAACUAAUGUCAUGAGUUCAAAAAACUAAAACCCCUUUUUAAGGUUCCAAGUAGGUCCACAAAAGUUGACCCAUUGAUUAAGAGUUCAAUAAAAAAGCAAGCCCAUAUAGAAUAAAUUAGAGUCUCUUCAUCUGGAAGGCCACCUUAGAUCUUAAGAUACAGCUUAUAAAGAGAAGCAAGAAUUUACAUAAUGUCACCUUAAAAAAUUACUUUUUCUUAACGAAUUUCCUUUUCCCCUGCAAAAAGAAUUUGAUUUUCC